ACUUUCGCUCCUGUCCCUUGUUUCCGCACGGAGAGGAAAGCCCAAGCACCGUUUGCCGGAAACGUCCGUCACAUACUUCUUUCGCGUGUGCGGCUCACGAAUGGCUUCACGUAAAGAGUCCGGCUCAACGCUGUCUGCCGGGAUGUCUUCUUCAGGCGGUACCCUGGACUCUCCCGUCAAGCAGAUCCAGAUCGAGGGACUUGUGGUGCUGAAGAUCAUCAAGCACUACCAGGAGGAGGGCCAGGGCAGCGAGGUGGUUCAGGGCGUCCUGCUGGGCCUGGUGGUGGAGGACCGGCUGGAAAUCACGAACUGCUUCCCCUUCCCCCAGCACACCGAGGAUGAUGCAGACUUCGAUGAAGUCCAGUACCAGAUGGAGAUGAUGCGUUCUCUGCGUCACGUCAACAUUGACCAUCUGCAUGUGGGCUGGUACCAGUCCACCUACUAUGGCUCCUUUGUCAGCCGAGCUCUACUCGACUCCCAGUUCAGCUACCAGCAUGCCAUUGAGGAGUCAGUAGUACUCAUCUAUGACCCUAUAAAGACGGCCCAGGGCUCCCUCUCCCUCAAGGCCUACAGGCUUACCCCAAAACUCAUGGAGAUCUGCAAGGAGAAAGAUUUCACACCUGAAGGCUUGAAGAAGGCCAACAUUGGCUUCGAGCAUAUGUUUGAGGAGGUGCCCAUUGUGAUCAAGAACUCCCACCUCAUCAGCGUGCUGAUGUGGGAGCUGGAGGACAAGUCCACAGUCGCAGACAAGCACGAACUGCUCAACCUCUCCAGCAGCAACCACUUGGAGAAGAGCCUUCAGCUGCUGAUGGACAGGGUGGAUGACAUGAGCCAAGACAUCGUCAAAUAUAACACGUACAGCCGAAACCUGAGUAAGCAACAGCAGCAGAAGCACCAGUACCUCCAGAGACGGCAACAGGAGAACGCCCAGCGACAGAGCAGAGGGGAGCCCCCGCUGCCUGAGGAGGACAUCACCAAAAUGUUCAAGCCUCCCCAGCCUCCACCGCGCAUGGACACUCUGCUCAUUGCAGGGCAAAUUAACAACUACUGCCAGAAUGUGAAGGAAUUCACCUCACAGACGCUUGGGAAGCUGUUCAUGGCAGAGGCUCUUCAAGGCCACAACAACUAGAGGAAAGGAAGUUUGAAAAGGUAACGGAGAAGCAAAGCCCACACAAAACCGCCUGCCCAUGACUGGAGGAAUACUGCGUUGGAUUGUUUUCUAAGCUUUUAUUCAUUAUUUUGAUGCCUAAGAUCUUUCACAAAAAAAAUUGAUUAUCAUUAAAAUAAAAAGUCUUGCAUCUCUA